CGCUCCAUCCACAGGACAAAGCAUUCCAAGCUCGAGCUGACAAAACAAUCUCUUCAGUUUCCAGAAACACAAGAAGCUACCAUGGUGAGUGCCAGGAGACUUGCUCAGCUGGCCAAGAAGUGGCAGAGGAUGGCGGUCCUCGGAAGGAAGAGGCUCACUUGGUCGUCGGCGGUGCUGGAGAAAGAAACCGAAGGACCGUGUGGCACGUCAGCCGAUGAAGCAUGCUGCACGACAUCGCCGGUAGCAGAUAAAGGGCACUGUGCCAUGUACACGGCCGAUGGGAGGCGGUUUGAGGUCCCGUUGGAGUAUCUCGGCACGACGGUCUUCGGCGAGCUGCUAAGGAUGUCCCAGGAAGAGUUUGGGUUCACAUGUGAUGGCAGGAUCACACUGCCCUUCGAUGCGGUGGUGAUGGACUAUGUCAUGUGCUUGCUUAGAAGAAAUGCAUCGGAAGAAGUAGAGAGGGCGUUCCUGAGCUCUGUAGUGAUGCCUUGCCAAUAUCCAAGCUGUACAGUGCCAAAUGUAGCGCUGCACCAGCAGCUUGCAGUUUGUAGCUCCUGAAUAUAUGCAGAUUUUUUGUCCCUCA